AAGCUGAGCAAACCAGAUCAGCUCCUCGGAAGAAGACUUCGGCGAUCGCAUCAGACCACCACCAUCCAUUCCUAGCUUGCUAGCUGAUCCCAAUGGUGAGCAGCACCGCUCUCUCUGUCUUGGCCGCGCUCCUGCUCCUCGCGGCUGCCGGGGCGCCGGCGUCCACGGCGGAGAAGGAAACCCGGCUGCGGGUCUACUGGCACGACGUCGUGAGCGGCGGGCCGAACGCAAGGGUGGUGCAGGUGGCGGAGGCGCCGUCCUCCAACGCCUCCGCCACGGGCUUCGGCACCGUGCUCGUCAUCGACGACCCGCUCACCGAGGGGCCCAACCUGACGUCGAGGCUCCUCGGUCGCGCGCAGGGCGUCUACAUUAGCGCCGGCAAGGACAGCCUGUCGCUGUUCGUGGCCAUGAACUUCGUCUUCGUCGACGGCGCCUACAAUGGGAGCAGCAUCGCCAUCAUCGGACCCAAUCAGGCAGACCGGGCCGUCAGAGAGAUGCCCGUCGUUGGCGGCACCGGCGUCUUUCGGUUUGCGCGCGGCUACUGCCAGUUGCGGACCCACUGGUUCGACGGCAAGACCGGCGACGCCACCGUCGAGUACAGGAUCCAUCUCCGCCACGACUGAUGCAUUGUCAGCUGGACUAAUAAUAAGUUUGUUGUUCCUACACAUAUGGUUUCCUGAGUUUACCCCUAGCUUAUUGUAAAUUUCAAAGGUAUGUGGAUGUGUUAUACGGAUAUGAGUAUUCGGAAUAAUACGGUGUUAAUAAACGUUUCA